ACAUUGACCCCAUUCCCACUUGCCAGAACUGACAGAUCCAGACAUAUGUCUCCCCGACUCCGGAUCCGCAGGCAUAGGCGGUUGAUGUGUCCAGGAUCCCCGGGGAAGAACUCAAAACAUAUAGCCUUCUGCCACCUGUACUUCUCCCCAGUGAGAUGCAGAAGGUCAAGGCAACCAUGCACCCCAUUUUGUUCUUUAACCGCGCCUUGUUGCCCACAAGAGGGUUGUUUGUAGACCUCAGAAGUCUUGAGGGAAGUGAUCCACUAGCUCUACCAGGGUUGCCAAACCUAUUCAUCCAUCUUGACAGCCGGUUGCCACACCCAACGCUACAGGUUUUACCUUCACACCUGGUUCAUGUUAAGAGUGUUGGGCACUAAGGUUUAUUUGGCGCAGUCAGUUAAGGCCAUUGCUACGGUGCUCGUAACUUCGACCAGAAACCUUUACGAGGAUAAGUAGCAACCCUACGAAAUCCUUUUUGUAAAGGCAGGGAUUGGGAUCCCACUAUAGCAUCUCCUCAAUUCUUGGCUGAAUACCUCCCUUUCUGCAUACCAUGCUACACCUAUGAGACAGCACCAUUCCUACAUAAUUGGUGGUUUUCAACUCGGUGUUGGCAGUUCCAGAAGACCCAGAAGAUGACCAAGACCCCAGUACUCCAGGCUCUUUUAAGGUCAGGUUUUGCCCUCCUGCAUGGGAUCUGAUUGUGAUACUUGGGUGUUUGCGUGUUCCCCUUGAGCCAGAAUUUUCAUUACAACUACUGGGACAGCCUGGCCGGUCUGUCACCAUCCCACUAUUAUCAUUGUUUGUGUGAGCCGAGGAUGACAAGAAAUUCUUAUUGUGCCCUGAGUUCACACUGUGAGUUUACAUCCGUCACUCCAAGACUGUCAGUUGUCUUUAAGACCUCCAAAAAGUAGCUGCAGAUCUGUGCAAUGUGAUGCAUUUAACGACUGCCGGGAACUAAUGCAGAGUGAGGGCUACAUCUGAAGGUUUAAUUACCCUCUGCCAUACUGUCUGAUACAGGUGCAUUUAGGAGUAAUGCAGGAUAAUUUAAAUUUUUUAGCAAAGUCUAAAUAUUUUUCCCAUUUGUACUCGUAUCUUGCAUUACUUAUAAUGUCUAAGGACCCACCCAUCGCAGACCUGCCUCCGCACGAUAUCCUCAGAUGAAAUUAAGUGUGACAAGCAGUUAUAUGAAGAUUCCAUGAUGUCAUCGUUUCCGGUUGAUCACGUGGCAACUGUGAGAGGGUCGGCUUCACAACUGGUUGGAACAACUUUUUCUUCAGCUGGACCUCACACAGCGUCGUUUCUGUCAAAAAUGGACCGGAAAGUGACAACUUCAUCCCUGCAUGACAUAGUUGUGUAAAGCACAAACUAAAGCUGAGAUGGCCAGUUCACGUGAUCUCACAAGUGUGUCCUUGAUACAGGAGGAGGAUGACCUUGAAGAGGAGACGAUGGAGCUCAUCACCUCAGAAGGUAUUCCGCUGAACGCAGACUCAGGUGAUGUCCCAAGAGCCGUCACUCUCGUCAAGACGCAGAACAUAUUCACUGGACCGACUGCUGCAGGAACAGUUGGUGAAGCUACCCUUGACCUUCAAAUAGAUAAUGCUGAAGAAAUCUUUGUUGAAACGGAGAGCUUCAGGACUGUAAAACAAAAAUUAAAGGAUCUUGGCCAUGUCACCAUCUGUGGUGCUUCAGGAGAAGGCAAAACUACAACAGCUCUUGUGCUGGGUUCACAGUAUAGACAAAGGGGUUACAAGCUUGCAUUUGUGGACAGAAUUGAAAAGUUGGACUUGGACAGCCUCUUGAGUUCAUCACCUAGAGUAUUUCUUAUCAUUGAUGAUAUGUUUGGUACUGUUGGACUAUCUACAGAUGUUUCACAGCUGAAAACAUUCCUCAAUAAGCUUGAUCAACACUUAAAACACUGCAAAAGGCUACAAAAACAGCAAGCUAAAAAAGGAGUUGAACACGAAAUUGAAACAAGUAGAGGUCCUGUCCGAAAACAACAGCCAACAAAGGAUAUUCGUGUUGUCUUCACAUCCAAGACAUACAACUUCCAUGAUGGACUUGCUAAGCUGCAGUAUGAAGGAUUCUCCCUGUUCAAGGGACCAACACUGGUGGAUUUAACAACUCAAGAGAAACACAGAUAUACUCAUGCAGAGAAGAAGGCUAUAUUUGAGCACCACAGGAAAAUACAUAAAGAAUAUUCUGAUGAAGAGUGUGAAGAUAUUCCUGACUUUGAACUGUGGGAUACAGAUUCAAAUAUGUUUGGAUUUCCUCUCAUUUGUAAACUUUAUUUUGAAUUUUCAAUCUUUCACCAUAAUAAAAUGGACUUUUUCAAGAAACCACUCUCUUAUCUCAGGCUGGAACUCAAAAACAUGCUUGAGACAAAUAGUGAUCGCUCCGCCAUUCUGGUUCUGAUGCUACUGUGUGAUGGCAAGUUAAAUUUGGCCAAAUUGGAAGCAGACGGCAAGGACCAGAAACUGGACAACAUGGUCAGAACUGUUUUAAAGUUGAUGCCAUCAGCAUCACGUUUAGGAAUGUACAAAGAAGCAAAGUGUCUUAGAGGAACAUAUUUUACACGUGGUGAUGCUAUUGGAUUUGCCCAUUCUUCCAUAUAUGAUGCUUUUGCUUGUUCGUUGUAUGACAUCAGUCCAACAUUUGUGCUGACUCACUGCAGUGACAACUUCAUAUAUGAGCGAGUCCAACCACAACAAGUAGAGGAAACCAAAAUCGAUGAUCAUCUCCACCUGAUAUAUGUCUCAGAACAGUAUUAUGAUAUCCUGACUACCAGACUUGCAGAAUCAAUAAGGCAUGGGCGGUUUUCAAAAUCAGUGACACACCCCAUCCUCCAACACGAAAAGGUAUCUCUUCAGUUGCUUGAAAAGCUACAACCUGAUGGAUCCAUGGAUGACUGUUGGUUCCACAAGGAGGAUAAGGGGAAAUGCUUUUUGUCUUGGGCUGUUCUGGGACACAGUCCAAGGUUUGUCCAAGAAAUAGAAUACAGAACUGGAGGAGAAUUUACUCAAACAGAGAUCAGUGACUCCAUGGAAUAUUGUGUCAUCAACAACAACCUGACAGUUUUGAAGUGGCUUUUAAACAGAAGUGAAAAUCCAGACAUUGAUGUAAUGAACAGAUGGCUUUUGCUGGCUGCACGACAUAGGAGUUCUGAAACACUUGUUUAUCUAAUAGAAAAUGGUGCUGAUGUGUUUACUACUGAUGCAGACAAGAGAAACAUCAUACACUUAGCAUGCAUGACAGAGCAGGAGAAAACACUGAAGGUAUUGAAAGAACACAGCAUCAAACUCUUUGAUGAUGAAAAGAAGAAAGUUGUAAUCAACUCUAUUGAUGGUGAAGGGAGGACUCCACUCAUGAUUGCAGCAAUCAGGGGAUCUCAUGAGUGCUAUCAGCUAUUGCAAUCAAUAUCUGACAAGAAAACCAAAGACAAGAAUGAAGAUGACAUAAUUCACAUGGCCUGUUAUGGUGGUAACAAGGCUAUAGUAAAACACCUUCUGUCACCUUCAAAUAUCAAUACUAGAGAUCAGGAAGGAUGGACUCCAAUAAUGAUAGCAGCUCACUGUGGGCAUCAAAAUGUGUUUGACCUCCUGGUCUCAGAGGAAGCUAACCUGAAAGUGCAUGACACUAAUGGUGAUAGUUUACUUCAUCUUGCCUGUCAGGGUGGUAACAAGGCUAUAGUACAACAUCUUGUGUCACCUUCUAAUAUCGACACUAGAGGACAGAAUAGAUGUACACCAGUUAUGGCAGCAGCUAUUUGUGGACACCAAAGUGUGUUUGACCUCCUAGUAACUAAGGAUGCUAACCUUACACUGGUGGACAAAUUUGGCCAUACUUUAGUUCAUCUUGCCUGUCGGGGUGGUAACAUGGCUAUAGUAAAACAUCUUGUGUCACCUUCUAAUAUCAAUACUAGAGGACAGAAUGGAUGUACUCCGGUAAUGAUAGCAGCUGCUUUUGGACAACAAAGUGUGUUUGACUUCUUAGUUGCAAACCAUGCUGAUCUGAAAGUGACUGACAAUAGAGGUGAUACUUUACUUCAUGCUGCCUGUCAGGGUGGCAACAAGACUAUAGUACAACAUCUUGUGUCACCUUCUAAUAUCAAUACUAGGGGACAGAAUGAAUAUACACCAAUAAUGAUAGCAGCUGUCUUUGGACAUCAAAAUGUGUUUGACUUUCUCAUAUCGAGGAAUGCAGACCUGACACACUGGAUAGCCAUCAUAAUAGUUCACUUCAUUUUGCCUGACAUUCCGUCAAGACAGCAAUAGUACAAUAACUGUGUCACCUGCUAACACUGGUCAGCCGUCAUAAUAGUCAAACAAAACAAAAUAUUUUGCAGUCAAACAAAUAAAAACAUACUGCAAUCAAACAAAA